AUGGCUUGUUUGAUGAUCUGCGUGUGCAUCGCAUUGGAUAUGCCGUCUGAUUUGAAUACUGUUGAACAACCUAGUGUAAGCUUCGAGAGUUUCUUUUCAGGUGUGUUUUCCUAAGUGGACUUAUUAUCAUAUAUAAUUAUAUAUGCUACUCAUAUAAAAUUAUACGAUAAGCUGAAUUAUACAAGCAUUUUAUUGGUAUUACUUAUGUUCUGUUGGAAGACAAACGCAUAGAUGACGUCAUUAUUAACAACCUUUCGUCAUCUCUACAAUUAGAAAAUCGAUUCUACGUUGCUGUGGGUCUGUACAAUAAUAGAUCCCAGAAGACAUCAAAAUGAGGUAAAAACAUCAGUGACACAACCGGCUGCGCUUCAUGUGCUCUUUUGUUUUUUCUUACCACGUUUUGACUGCAUCUGUGAUCCAUUUCUGAACAGAGGCUGCCAAUGGUCUCGGUGUGGCCAAGUCGACUUACAAGAUUAUCCAGUGUAAUAAAAAAAUGACAUGACUUUUUUACUAGAAUGUGUCGCGAAAUGUUAACAUUUUAAUCGUCAGUAAGAGCUAUCCACUGCGUGGCUAAAAUUUCGCAGGAAAAAUGAGGAUGGUAGGUUUUAUCUAAAGUGAACCUUAUAUUCAUUCCUCAAUGCUGCUGAGUUCUUCUAAUUUCUCCUUUUCUUUUAGCUUUCGGAACUAUAUUAUUUUCAUUUGGUGGCCCUUCAACCUUUCCAACGAUUCAGACAGACAUGAAAAAAUGCUCCAAGUUUCCAAUUUCUGUGUUCUGGGCGUAGGUUGGUGUCGUAAGCAUGCCUGUCUCAAUCCUCGGUUUUGUGGCUUACGGCAAGAACAUCACAUCGAACAUUUUCGAAAGCGUGAAAUACGAAGGACAUGACGCGGCUGCUGUUAUGUUAGACAUAGUGCUUGUACUGAUCACACUUCACCUGCUGUUCAGCUUUGUUAUUGUGAUAAACCCAGUAUCACAGUCUUUUGAGGAUUUUUUGAGCAUACCUCAAGGUUGGUUUAAAUACACCCAGGGUUAAUCUCAUUAAUUCAGCGGGAAGCAAGGGUUGCGAUGUACGUCUACCUAUUCCGUAAAAAAAACAUAGAAUCUAAUAUUUUACAGGGAAUGUGAUCAAGAUAGCUUGGGGCGAAAUACGAGCGCUUUUUUUUUCUUGCUUCUUUCGUGUAAAACUGUUUUCCUUAUCGGCGUCUUGCUUUCAUAAAACCCCCCAUCCACACAGCGUUUUAAUGUUAGACACUUACGCUACCUUAAGUUAUUUUUCGGUCUUCUUUUCCAACAGGAUUUGGUGUCAAACGGUGCCUCCUUCGCACCGCCAUCAUGUGUUUUAUUCUUGGCAUUGGCGAACUCUCUGUCUUGGCGAACUGUCUCUUAUUGGAGGACCACAAUAACUGCAUUGACCUUUGUAUUUCCCUGUUUGUUUUAUUUGAGAAUUGA